AUGGCGAGUCAAGCCAUCGUCGCGAUGCGCAUAUGCGCGCCUCCCGCCCUUGCGCCCUACAUGGGCGCGCGGUGGCGGAAAGCUCCCAAUACCCCGCAGUUCAGCACCGCCUUCGUCGUUCCCAUGCGGCCGAAGCGCGUAACGCUGAGCUUCAGGCGCAACUGCCGUCGCCCGAUCUCCGCCAUCUUCCGCGCUCAGCGAGCGGGCGAGACGCGGCCGGGAGCGCGGUCGUGGAUGGAGCGGAUGGCGAAGGCGGCGGAGGAGAUGGCGCGAGGCGCGGAGCGCGCGUCGAAGGAAAUGGCGAAGGUGGCCGCGGCGACGCUGGAGAACCACAGCAAGGCCAUUGAAGCGGCGUCGCCGCUGCUGUCGCAGAUCGUGGGAGGAAACGACAAGGCGACCAACUUCAUCGCGAAUCUCAUCGUUCCACACGCCCCUGGUGCCUCCGCCAGCGGAACUUCCGCCGUUUCCGCCGCCUCCCCGCGCGCAGCAGCUCCGCAGCAGCUGGCUGAAGACCACCUGCGCGAGGUGUCGGAUGACGUGGCGGCCCACGUCAGCAUCAAGCCUGCCAACGUGGCGCCGAUGACGUCAUCGUUCACAUCCCCGUCUUUGGGCGACGAUGAUUCCGCUGUUGCCGCUCCUGCUGCGGCUAACGCGGAUCCCACCGCGGUCCCAUUGGAAAUGCGCAAGGCGGGCGCGCACGUGCUGGAGGGGCGGGGGGAGCGCGGAGCAAUGCGCGCGGAACUGCGGGCGCUGGAGGCCCGCAUGGACGCGGCUUCCGCGGCGGUGGAAGCCGCCAAGAGCCGCCGGGGGGAGCUGCUCCAGGCGCACCCGGAGCUGCGGCAACGUGUGACCGACGUGGUUGAGGGGAAGGUCACUCCACGCGCCUGUAGUCACCCCCCUCCCCCACCUUUCCCCCGUUCCCCCCAUUUUCCCCCGCUCUCCGCCAUUCCCCCCCGUUCUCCCCAGCUGCGGCAACGUGUGACCGACGUGGUUGAGGGGAAAGUCACUCCACGUGCCGUCACCGUCACCCCCACGGCUGUAGCGCCGUCCUCUCCGUCUAACGCGCCGUCUAAUGCGCCGGGCAACUCGGACGCGGAGGGAGAGGCGCAGGAGGAGUGGGAGGAGGCGGAGGAGGAGCAGGCGCAGGCGCAGGGGGGCGCGCACGGGGCCGCGCAGCAGGGGGUGGUGGCGGGGUCGGUGCAGGCGCUGCGGGCGGGGCGGCAUAGGCAGCGGGAGCGGCUGCAGCGACCGGGCGUUGAGAGAAGGAGACAGCACGCCGCUCAGGUGCAUCUGUCGGUGCUGCGCUCGCUGGCGGAGCGCCACGGCGUGCUGGCGCAGAGCACCGUGACACAGGCGACAACUGGACAGGUGGUAACUGCACAGGAGAGCGAACCAGUGCAGGUCGCAAGGGACGAGCAGCCGCAGGUGUUGCCGCCUGUGGUGGACACGGCAGCACUGUCGCCUGUGGAGCUUGAACUGGUCAAGGCGGAGGAGUCAUGGGACAAGUAUUUAGAGGCAGUCGCGUGGACCAAGGCGCGUCUGCACUCCCUGCGCUCGGCCGCGCCCUCCCCUUCCGCCGCCGCCCUUCUGAGCAUGGAGGCGCAGCUCGUCUCCUCGCUGGCAUUCGCGCAGCAGCGCGCGGACGAGGAGGCUGCGCGCGUGGCGCAGCUGUGCGCGCGCGUGGGCGCGGACGCGGGGGAGAGGCGGCGGAGCAGGGAGGAGGGGCUGCGGAGGGCUGCGGAGGCUGGGGCGAAGAUGGGGAAAGGGGCCGAGGGGGGGCCGGGAAACGGGGGGAGGGGGGAGCGGGAGGGAGAUGAGGGGAAGAGGGUGGUGAGUGGUGGCAGCAGUGGGGGGUCGUUGGCAGGGAUUGGCGACAUGAUGAGUAAGCUCGCCAACAUCCAGCAGACGCUCGAGUCAAUGGCCGCCUCGCCACCCUCCCUCGCACUCAAGGCCGCCCUCCCCUCGCUCUCCCCUGUCUCUGCCUCCUCCGCUUCAGCCCCCUCCCGCUCCCCCUUCUCCUCCUCCUCUGCCUCUUCCCCCUCCCUCUCCCCCUCCUCUUCCCCCUCCCCCACCGUCGCCUCCCUCUCCUCCUCCUCUCACACGCUCUCCGCCUUUCUCGCCUCUCUCAAGUCCCCUCGCUCCUCCCGUUCCUCUCGCACCACCACCCCUGCUCCUGCCUUCGCCGCUGCAACCGGCACUGCUGUAGCAGCACCGCCUGUUCGCUCUACAGUAACAGUUGCAGCAGAAGCAGCAGUGGGAACAGCAGCAGCAGUAGCAGCAACGGCGCCGUCUGCUUAUAGCACGAAAUUCGUAGGCAGGAGGGCGGCGGGCGGCGGGCGGCAUCGUUCGGCCGAGGAGCGGGAGAAUUACCUCAAGGUGUACGCACGGGCUCUCUUCCCGUCGUACGUUGACACGUCAGCAUCGCCAGCUCAGCAGCAGCACGGAGUGGACGGAUUGGUCAGGGAACUCGUCCUACAUGGCGCCAGCGAGGACUGGGCCCGAGGCUACAUCGCCGAAGCUCUGCUCCGGCCGAUCCUGGCUGCACCCAAGCCUCUGGCUGUUGCCAUGGCAUCGGGGCCUCCCUCGCCCCGCGCUUCUUCUUCACACCACGAGUGUUCACAGCACGAGCUACAGCAGUACGCACAGGCCAUCUGCAGUGCCUAUGUGGACGCGUCCAUGAGUGCCUCUGAGCGCGAGGUCGGCACCACCCUCUUUGUCGAGGUGAGGCUCUUUCUUAAGGCGUCUCUGGAGACCGUGAAUCACUGUCAGCCAGCCAAUGAGUUAUCCGCCGACACAUUCAUGACUGCUUCUGAGCGAGAGGCGGGCACUGACUUUUUUGUGGAGCAGUGGGCGAGGUGCUAUGAGGCACCAUUCCUCAUCACCUCACUCACCAUAUCGCACCCGUCUGUCUGUCUUUCUGUCUCUUUUUCCUCCCAGGAGCUGGUGGUGAUGGGCGGCAAGGAGGAGCUGGUGGCGACGGGCGGCAAGGGGGUGGAGCAGUGGGUGAGGUGCUAUGAGGCACUAACGCGCACCAUCUCACUUACUCACCAUGUCCAUCUCUUCUCUUGUGCUCCUGCUCUUGAUCCCCAAAUCUUCCUAAUACCCUCCCAGGAGCUGGUGGCGAUGGGCGGCAAGGAGGUGGAGCAGUGGGCGAGGUCCUUUGUGGCUCAGUCGCUGGCCACAGAGGUGCGCAAGCGCAAGGUCGUGCGCGCUUAG